AUGGAAUCCCCAUCUGGAGACGAGAAACUCCUGAACGUAUGCGUCACCAAGUCUAUUGAGACCACACAAUCUCUUCAUAGCGACAACACAACGUGGAACUUUGUGCAGAUGAAUAUGACGCUGCUACCGAUUGCUUGCCCACUACCGGUUAGUAUCAGUUGUAGAGUUCAGGAAGGAGCGGCAUUGGUAGGGAUAAAACCUUCUACGCCGACGCAGAAAUUGCAUCAUCGACUACGCCAGCAUACGACCAAUAUUAGUCCCAGAAGACAUGAUCAAGACUGCAACAAUGUGCGACCAUUGGCUAUAACAUCGUCUCAUCAACGUCACGUCAGUCGAGGACUUCCUCCGACUCCGAGAUCGGCUUCUGGAUCGAAACGAAAGCUUUCAGAAACUUGGCAUGUACCAGCUACUGACACUUCGAUAACACCAUUGGCAGGGAGUGUAUCGACACGAAUGCGGAGCUAUAGUGAAAAAUUGUUUACUCCAGCAUUACGAAGAGACAGUAAAUACGCUAGCGAUCUUGUGAGUCAAAUGCCAUCGGGGUGCAGCCUGCUGGAUCAAAAUGCUAGGCGAUUUUCAGGCUGUGCUGCCAAAGGUCUGUACAAAGGAAAGAGAAUCCUGGAGCUACAGGAUGAAGAUCGUAGAUUCUACCCAGACGAUCGAGGUACGGCUCUAUUGCCGUCCAAGCGGAGCAAACAUCAAUUGUAA